UUGAUAAUAAUUAUACCGUUUGUUUGUUUGAAAUGUACGUUGAUCAAAGAAAGGAAACGUCAAGAAAUUCUACCGGUAUUUGGGCGAUUGUAUGGCGCCAUUUUUCUCGAAGCUCUACAGCACAUGUUUACUCGACUAAUAACUUAUUUCAUCGAUGUACAUUUUGGUGUGAUUUGUAACAUAUUGUUGUAACAAAAUGCCGAAAUCAAAAAGAGAUAAAAAAAUAUCUCUUACCAAAACGAGCAAAAAAGGCCUUGCCUUGAAGCAACACAUUGUGGAAGAUGUUAGAAGUUGCGUUGAGAGAUAUCAUAGGAUAUUCAUUAUAUCUGUACACAAUAUGCGUAAUAAUAAACUGAAAGACUUGAGAGCGGAAUGGAAAGAUAGCCGGUUUUUCUUUGGCAAGAACAAGGUGAUAGCAUUGGCUUUGGGCAAAUCAAAGGAGAAUGAAAUUUCAGACGGUCUGCAUAAAUUGUCAGAGGCAUUGAAGGGACAAUGCGGUUUGCUUUUUACAAACAGAACUAAAAAAGAAGUAUUAAAAUGGAUGGAGGAAUACGAAGUAUUGGAAUAUGCUAGAUCUGGUUUUAUUAUAGAUGAAACCAUAACGUUACCCGAAGGACCUAUGCCAGAUUUUGCGCAUAGUUUAGAACCUCAUUUAAGACAGCUGGGAAUGCCUACUGCUUUGCAAAAGGGUGUGGUAACGCUAAUCAAAGAGUAUACUGUGUGUAAAAAGGGACAAGCCUUAACUCCUGAACAAGCAAGAAUUUUGAAAUUACUGGAUAAACCAUUGGCUACUUUUAAGCUGUCACCAUUAGGCAUAUAUUCAAAGAAGAAUGGAUACAAACAACUUGCUUCUCAAAACGAUGCUAAAAAACGUGUAGAACAGAUGGAUGUAGAAGACACAAAAGAAAACGACAAUUCGUGAUGUGCAUGUUACUGCGUUAAAAAGAAUUAACAAAUUUGUAUAUACAUAAACAUACUUUGUAUAUCAUGUACAAAAUAUAUUAUUUUUCACCCUGUAUAUUUGCUUUGAAAAAAAAAAAUACAUGAAGUUAUUCAAUAAAUUUAUAAUUUUGGAAACAACUGAUGUAGAAUCAUAAAGGAUCAGGUAUUUGCAUCUUUUUUGAAAGAUUAAAAUUAUGUCGUGUUUCGUACGUAAAAAUCACGUCUUUCGAUCAUUUCUAUAAAUAUAACCAUGACAAUACCGGUUUAUUUUACGAUAAUUUGGAUAAUCGGAGUUUUAUGGGUGAGUUACAACGACUGCAUUAACCUCUGUUAGUAAUACUAAUUAAAUACGCGCUACCGGUUGAAGAUUGAAUAUUUAAGAUUGUCAAGUACUUUUUGGAAUGUAAAUUUACAUCAUUCUAUGCGUAGACCAUAUACUAUUGGUGUUCGGAACAUUCACGGAUAAAUGGGCGUAAAGUAGCCUUUCAAGUAAAUUACGAUAAAAGAGGUAGCGCGACGUCCGUCGAGUCGUCGGAUCUAUCCGACAAUGAAGAAACUGUAAAGCGUAAUAAGAGACGAAGGUUAAAGUACGAGGUAUAUUCGAUGACACGAAUUUGCGUUACGUGAAAGGAAAGCUUCCGGGGUUCCAAUAACCCUUUUCCUUCAGGGCACAAGUUUCUCAUAACAAAUUAUCAAUCCAGUGAAUAGACUGUUAUUUAUUAAAUACGUAACUUAAAUUCUCGAAUUGAUCUAUCUACAACGAAACCGAACAACUAAAUGGUAUAGCCAUCUAAUGACGAACGGAUCGAACUAUUACAUGCGAAGGCGAGGUAAGUGGAUUUGACUGGAGAAGGCCCACCAAAUUCACUGAAAUUCUUCGUAUCAGAAUAAGAAUCAAUAGUCCAAAUAUAGAAGAUCAUCAGUUCUAUCGGGGGUUUUGUUCUAAUUUUCAACAAGUCCCACUCCAGCCUUGUGUCCCUGUGUAUAUGUUGAUCACAACUACUAGAUUACAUACAAAUAUUUAAUUUAGAUCAGACUACAAGCAAAUAUCGAGAUUGUAGAAACUUGUAAGAGCUGCUUAUCAUUCCGAGUAAGGGCCCAAUAUGAAUGCUCUUUUGCUUGUUCGUACGAAAGAGCUAUUAAUCAUUAUGAGAGAAUUUUUCAAAUGAACAUCAGGCAUUUGCACUGCCCCUCGAUAUCUGACAACCAGUGUUACUACAAGGGGUCCCCCAUUAGUUGGUGCAGGUGGAAUAGGGUGACUUUCCCCUUACCUGUGUGGACUUACGGCUCAUUCAACCAUCACCAAUCCCCAUACUAGGGUAGAGAUAGCAUGAAAGGGACAAAUCAAUUCACACAUAUUAACGUCAACGCGUUUUAACGUAGAAGACUUAACUGUAAACUUGUUAAUUUAAAAAGCAAGAUUCAAGAGUAGUUCGAUCCGUUCGGUUAUACCAUUUCACUAUCUUUCUUUUGUAAUCAUCGAACCAAAUGGGACUUGGGGGGCUAUUUUUUCUAAAAAGGAUUAACAUAAUCUGUGGAUGAAAACGAUAUUUUUCGUAAUUAAUUUCGUUGCAGGCUAAAACGCGUUGGCCAAGUAGGACAUCGGUAAAUGCAAUGUAGGGACACGACCGAAGAACUAUUUAACCUUUUUUGUCAUCAUGCAAACGAAAAUAAAGUACCAGUAAUGCUUGUACAUACGUGAAAAAAUAAAACGAUACUAUGUGACGCUGUUACAGGAUUUUGGAAGUUUAUAACCUAACAAUCCCACUAAUUUCUUGUUUAUUGUUUCGAUAGGUACAAGGUAUACGAUAAAUACACAUAGGACUUUAGUUAUAUAUAAUGAUAGACAAUAAUAAUAAACCAAUCUCGUAGGUAUACGAAAGUCGCCUAAGUAUUAUGGCACAUCACAGAACGUGCAACAAUGAAAUUUCGAGUUCCAUAUAUUCGGCAAAAAAAGAGAAAAAAAUAAAGUACGUGACGUAAUAUCACAUUUCAUACGGGAUUAAAACGAGUGUUUUCUGUUAUUCGAAAUAAAAAAACGAUCCAAGACUGGCAAAUAAUCCGAAAAAAAAAACUGUCUCGUACGAAUCAUCAGAGUGCUGUUUCAACGAUCAGAAAUAUUCUAUAAAAUUUAUUCAUUACGUAGAAACACGCUUUCAUGUAAAGAUGUAAUUACUUUUAUAAACGUUCAUCUAACUAGUCAAGCAAUAUGCACGUUUAUUGCGGGGAAAAAGCAUUCGAAAUCUUAAUCUACGAUUUAAAUACUGCUAAGGAAUAUUCAGAUUUUUAUGUUGAUGUAGGUGCUAGGAGCACGUGUUCGAACGCGAUUAUUUCAUUUCACUUAUUUACUCGAUAAGAAUUCACGUCGGUACUUUUCAAGCGUUGCCGGCAUGAGAGCGCAGAAAAAUUUCUAUCGAAAACAAACAAAAGACUAUAAACGAAACUAUAAAUAAAUUCGAAUUUAUUUGUAUUAAGUAUAAUAUGAUUAACAAAAAGAGAUAAAAUAAUACUAAAAAUUAAACAUUUGCUAACUUACAAAUAUCGUUCUACGGUAAUUAGAAUUGUGUACACUCUUUACAAAAUAAGGAUUAACGUAUUUUUAAAUCUUUUGGUAAAUCGAACAGAAAAACAGCACGGUUACUAUCACUGAUUUUUUGUUUUGUUCGUUCCUCGUUCUUUCAAAUGAAAUCAUCGAGAACUCAUUUAAAAAAAAAAAAAAGACAAAAAUUUCUUGUACCAAGCAAGACGUCGACACAUCAUAUUUAGAGUACGGUAUAUUUAUUGUGCCGUCGAGUAACCUGCAUCUAACACUAUUUGCAUUCUGGUCGAGUGAGCGUCGGAAUAUCUAUGUUCCUUCGUACAAUUGUUUACUUCAAGCAACAGAAGCUUUCAUACGUAUCCAUUGACAACCCAUUCUGAAUACAAAUCGCCAACAAUCGAAACUCAAAAUACCCUUCAACGCUAUUCAUCUUUGGUCGAACAAAAUUGUACUUUCUCACGUUUAAACGAUACGAGCUAAA